CAAGCGUCUCCUAAAUCCAAAAACACCUCGAUUUUGUGCCAAGUUGAGAUUGUGAACGAAGUGCGGAGCCAUCGUCACGCUUCACCAUCCAAAUCUUAAACCGUUUUGUUUCGUUUAUUAUUUUGCCGUUAUUGGAUGACUAAAAUUAGGAUGCAACAACUGGAUACGGCGACGACGCCGCAAAUCUCCUCCUCGCGCAUUGCCUUCACCGGAGAGAGACCGGGAGGCCGUCCGUGGAAGCGGCAACGUCGUCUUCGUCGCGGAUGUAGUCGGCUAAGGGCGUGCGUUAGCAAAGAGCUAGGCAGCGAGAGAUCGAUGACGAAUCCCCUCGUUUUCCGGUUUGGCUUCGCUCUUGCAAUAUCCAUCGCUGGAUUCGCCGUCGUCUACCGCCGGUCUCGAACCCGACGACUCCCAUCUCGCCCUCGUUCCUUUUCCGGUGCCGAGUCUCCAUCAGUUUGUAAGUCUGCCGUAAUUGGUCUCAAAGAACUCCGACUUCUAAAUGGAGUCACAACAGCUUUUACAAAGGUCGUCACCAGCACAUCCACAAUCACCACCUCGAUCACAACCACUAGGACGACCUCCUCGAGCUUCCUUUUCUUUGAGUUCGAUCGAAAGAAAUCGGAGAAUCAAGAAGACGGGGCAAUGCAGGAAGAGAUAACAAAACUGAGGAACCAGGUUUGGUCCCUCCAAGAGAAUGAGAGGGGCCUGGAACUCCAAUUGCUGGAGUACUACGGGAUGCAAGAGCAGGAGGCUGCUGUCAGGGAGCUCGAGAACCAAAUCAAGAUCAAUUCGGUCCAGGCCAAAUUAAACUCUUUAAAGAUUGAAUCUUUGCUCGCCGACAACCAGAAACUCCGAGCUCAGUUGAUUGAUUACUCGAGAGCCAGAGGAGAAAGCGACAUCCCUGAAACGGAGAAUUGA